AAGGUGUCACCAGGUGACCGCACAAUUGAACAGUACUACUAUGUAGACCGAUUGUUUUGUUGAACAAUACAUGUACCGGAUACGUAUUGUCGCAUAUUGCCGUGAAGUGUCAAUUGUGUAACGGUGUUGUUUGUUUACACGUGCGAUUUACAUUUGGGACCCAAUGGCCUCGGCUGCAAUGUCGCCGACUGACGACGACGAGCUUACUCUCCCACGUGCCUCGAUUAACAAGAUGAUCAAGGAAAUUUUGCCUCACGUGCGAGUCGCGAACGAGUCCAGAGAGCUCAUCUUGAACUGCUGCACGGAAUUCAUUCAUUUGCUUUCUUCCGAAGCAAAUGAAAUCUGCAAUCAACAACAGAAAAAGACUAUAAAUGCGGAACAUGUUCUGCAAGCGCUCGAAAAACUAGGUUUCGGCGAUUACAGCGCGGAAGCGGAAGCUGUAUUACGGGAUUGCAAGGCGGUGGCGGCCAAGAGAAGACGUCAAAGUACCAGAUUGGAAAAUUUAGGCAUUCCGGAAGAGGAAUUGCUGCGACAACAGCAAGAGCUAUUUGCCAAAGCGAGAGAAGAACAAGCGGUCGCGGAACAGCAGCAAUGGCAACAAUUGCAAGCUGUCACACAAAUGGCAUCCAUGCAACAAGCUGAUAGUGAACAGGAAGAUUAUUCGUAAACGAUCUCUAAAGACGAUAAAACUUAUGAAAUAUUAUGUUUGGCGAUUUUCUCUUUAAUAAAAUAAAACAGCUAUUUUUAUUAUUUCCAGCUAUUUAUUAUUUCACGUGAAAUAAAAAUUGGAAAUUUAUAAAAAAUUUAGAAAUAAGAAUAGUAACUAAAAUUAUUAAAUGCAAAAGCAAAACUUGUGUUAAAAAUGUGAAGUUAAAGAUUAUUUCCAAAAGUACAUAAGAAACAUUGUUGUAAAAUACCGUAGAAAUAGUUUGCAAUUGUUUAAACAACUAUCAUAGUAUAUAUAUAUAUGUAUAUACUAUAAUAGUUGCGGAUUAUAAAUUGAACAUCAUGAACACUUGUUGCAUUGUUCUAAUUUUAUACGAUAUUUACGUAUUUUGU